AUGCCCCUGCUCAUCCUGCUCACCUGCCUCCUCACCACCAUCACCCCGGUGUCGCCCAUAGCCCUAGAUCCUUGCUCUGCUUACGUCAGCCUGAACGAGCCCUGGAGGAACACUGACCACCGGUUCGAUGAGUCUCAAAGCCAACCCCUCUGCGACAACCGAGUGGAUGGGGAGUGGUAUCGCUUCACAGGUAUGGCCGGAGACGCCAUGCCCACCUUCUGCAUACCAGAAAAUCACUGUGGGACCCACGCCCCUGUCUGGCUCAAUGGCAGCCACCCGCUGGAAAGCGAUGGCAUUGUGCAACGCCAGGCCUGUGCCAGCUUCAAAGGGAACUGCUGUCUGUGGAACACCACGGUGGAGGUCAAGGCCUGCCCUGGAGGUUACUACGUGUAUCGGCUGGCCAAGCCCAGCGUCUGCUUCCACGUCUACUGUGGCCAUUUUUAUGACAUCUGUGACGAGGACUGCCAUGGCAGCUGCUUAGACACCACCGAGUGCUCAUGCGCUCCGGGAACCUCGCUGGGCCCAGAUGGACAGACAUGCUUUGAUGAAAACGAAUGUGAGCAGAACAAUGGUGGUUGUAGUGAGAUCUGUGUCAACCUCAAAAACUCACACCGCUGUGCGUGUGGGGUUGGCCGCGUGCUGAGGAGCGAUGGGAAAACCUGUGAAGACAUUGAAGGAUGCCACAAUAACAAUGGCGGCUGCAGCCAUUCUUGCGUUGGGUCUGAGAGGGGCUACCAGUGCGAGUGUCCCAGGGGCUUGGUGCUGUCUGAAGAUAACCACACCUGCCAAGUCCCCGUGUUGUGCAAGUCCAACGCCAUCGAAGUGAGUGUCCCCAGGGAGCUGGUUGGUGGCCUGGAGCUCUUCCUGACCAACAACUCCUGCCGAGGAGUGUCCAAUGGCACCCACGUCAACAUCGUCUUCUCCCUCAAGACCUGCGGCACAGUGGUUGAUGUGGUGAAUGACAAAAUCGUGGCCAGCAACCUCGUGACAGGUCUGCCCAAGCAGACCCCUGGCAGCAGCGGGGACAUCAUCAUUCGGACCAGCGAACUGCUGAUCCCGGUGACCUGUGAGUUCCCACGACUGUACACUAUCUCUGAAGGAUAUGUGCCCAACCUGCGCAAUGCGCCUCUGGAAAUCAGGAGCCGAAACCACGGCAUCUUCCCCUUCACGCUGGAGAUAUUCAAGGACCACGAGUUCGAGGAGCCAUACAGGGAGACUCUGCCCACACUCAAGCUUCGCGACUCACUCUACUUCGGCAUUGAGCCCCUGGUGCACGUGAGCGGCCUGGAGAGCCUGGUGGAGAGCUGCUUCGCCACGCCCACUGCCAAGAUGGAUGAGAUACUCAAGUACUACCUGAUCCAGGACGGCUGUGUCUCCGAUGACUCAGUGAAGCAGUACUCAUCCCGGGAUCACCUAGCAAAGCACUUCCAGGUCCCUGUCUUCAAGUUUGUGGGCAAAGAUCACAAGGAGGUAUUUCUUCACUGCCGUGUCCUUGUUUGUGGGGUUCUGGAUGAACGCUCCCGCUGUGCCCAGGGAUGCCACCGGCGAGUCCGUCGUGAGGUGAGGGAAGACGAGGACUCUGCUGGGCUGCGGAGCCAGACACUGACGGGCGGCCCCAUCACCAUCGACUGGGAGGACUAGUCCCUGCUUCCAGCCACCCUCCUCUCUGGAAUGUCUUCCUAGGUCCUCUGAGAUCGGCAGAGAACCUCCCAGAACACCUGGCUUCUUUAAACCAUAUACUGUGAGUUUAGACAACCCCUCCUACCACAUGAAAGGAUUGAUUAGCUGGUUUUGUC